AUGGGCCGACCGAAGCGCAAUGUCACUGCAGCAGCGGAAGAGACAUCUACACCUCCAUCAGCCUUGACUGCUACCCAAUCAAUAGCUCGUGUUGUCAAAGCGGAAGGGAACAGCCUCUACACGUGCACCCUUCCCGAGGGCAAGACUCUACUACUUGAGCUUGAGUCGCGAUUCCGCAACACAAUAUGGAUCAAGCGUGGAGGAUAUGUGCUGGUGGACACCAAAGACGCCGCAACCAGACAGAAUAAAAUCGAUGGCGAGAUCAUAAAUGUUGUACGCGACGAGCACGUCUGGCGCAAAGAGUCUUACUGGCCCAAGGAAUUCCCCAAGUCUUCUGCAUAUGCAGCCGAUUCCGACGAGGAGGAAUCUACGGUUGGCAAAAUGCCCCCAUCUGAUUCUGAGGAUGAGUAG